GGUAAAGAUGGCGGCCUCCUGUGUCGGGUGGAGUUAGUGCGGGGCCGCGGCUCACACACAGCACAGGAUGGAGAAGAGCCUCAGCUACGAGAGUAUCAGCUCCAAACAGUCCCUCAGGAUCGGGACGGGAUCCCGGCCGCCCAGUGUGGACUCACUGAGCAGUUCCUCAACGGCUCGAUCGGAGAGAUCGGUGUACAAUCAAACCACUUCAGUAAUGUCCUCUGAUUCUUUCUCCACUUCAACAAAUAGCUUCUCUCCAGACAUCAGGGGCAUCAGUGGGACAGAGGUAAAAAUAUUAAGGGAUGGCAAUAAGCUGGCACAAAUGGAGGAAGCACCGCUGCUGCCAGGAGAAUCUAUCAGGGAUAUGGCGAAGGAUGUUACGUAUAUCUGCCCUUUUACUGGAGUUGUAAGAGGAACAUUGACUGUUACAAACUACAGGCUAUAUUUCAAGAGUUUGGACCGGGACCCACCUUUUGUCCUUGACGUUCCUCUGGGUGUGAUCAGUCGAGUUGAAAAAAUUGGUGGGGCAUCCAGCCGAGGGGAGAAUUCUUAUGGACUUGAAAUAAUCUGCAAGGAUAUUCGGACCCUCCGAUUUGCCCACAAACAAGAAGGCCAUACCAGACGAUCCAUCUUUGAGAACCUAAUGAAAUAUGCAUUCCCCACAUUUAAUAAUUUGCCACUGUUUGCAUAUGAAUAUAGUGAAACCUUUCCUGAGGAUGGCUGGAAGAUUUAUGAUGCACUUGCCGAAUAUAAGAGAAUGGGCCUCCCGAAUGAAAGCUGGAAAAUCACAAGAAUUAAUGAAAAUUAUGAACUUUGUGACACUUAUCCUGCUAUAUUGGUGGCACCAGAGAGCGCUUCGGAAGAUGAUUUGAAGAAAGUAGCUGCUUUCAGAUCAAGAGGCCGUAUACCAGUGUUAUCAUGGAUACAUCCAGAGAGUCAGGCAACGAUAACUCGCUGCAGUCAGCCCUUGGUUGGUAUGAGUGGUAAACGUAGCAAAGAUGAUGAAAAAUACCUCCAAGCUAUAAUGGAUUCCAAUGCACAGUCCUAUAAAAUCUUUAUCUUUGAUGCCAGGCCCAGCGUUAAUGCUGUGGCUAACAAGGCUAAAGGAGGUGGCUAUGAAAGUGAAGAUGCGUAUCAGAAUGCGGAGUUGGUCUUCCUCGAUAUCCAUAACAUUCACGUGAUGAGAGAAUCCUUAAGGAAAUUAAGGGAGAUAGUUUAUCCUAACAUAGAAGAAUCACAUUGGCUAUCCACGUUGGAAUCAACACACUGGUUGGAACAUAUAAAACUAAUCCUUGCUGGUGCUCUGAGGAUUGCUGAUAAGGUUGAGUCUGGAAAGACUUCAGUUGUGGUGCACUGUAGUGAUGGCUGGGACCGCACAGCCCAGCUCACCUCUUUGGCUAUGCUAAUGCUGGACAGCUACUACCGGACCAUUCGAGGUUUUGAAGUCCUUAUCGAAAAAGAAUGGCUCAGCUUUGGCCACAGAUUUCAGCUUAGAGUUGGACAUGGAGACAAGAACCAUACAGAUCCUGACAGGUCACCAGUCUUUCUGCAGUUCAUUGACUCAGUGUGGCAGAUGUUGAGACAGUUCCCCACAGCCUUCGAGUUUAAUGAGUUCUUCCUCAUAACCAUUCUCGAUCAUCUGUAUAGCUGUUUGUUUGGAACAUUCCUUUUUAACAGUGAACAACAAAGAGUGAAAGAGGGAUUGCACAAGAAUACCUUUUCAUUGUGGGCGUACAUAAACAGCCAGCUAGAUGAGUUUACCAACCCUCUAUUUGUGAAUUACUAUAACCAUGUGUUGUAUCCAGUGGCAAGCAUGCGCCACCUAGAGCUCUGGGUGAGAUAUUACAUCCGAUGGAACCCCAGGAUGAGACCACAGCAAAACACACCAGUGGUCAGAGUGGGAUAUUGUGAGGAGCCCAUUCAUCAGCGUUACAAAGAACUUCUCGCAAAACGAGCAGAGCUUCAGAAGAAAGUGGAAGAAUUGCAGCGAGAAGUUUCCAGCAGGUCAGCCUCCUCCUCGUCUGAGAAAGCUGGCUCACCUUCACGCUCUGUCACACCUGUACAGACUGCCGUGUGAACAACUAGUUAACUCUUUAAAAUUAGCAGCUGGUGAAGACACUGUUACAAAGGUCUGCUGGAAAAGAAGUCAUUCGUAUGCACAGCCAAAUGUUACAUAUAAACAGGUUAUUGUAAAUUAUAUUUACUUUUUUGUAUCAACGUUGUAGCACUUAUUUGCUGUGUGUAGGUGAGUAAUUCAAGAGUAUUAAGCAACCACUCUGAUGCAGUUUAUGCAUUUGGAAGUCUAGCUAUUUAUUGCACUGACCAAGUUUUUAUCUCUUAAUUCUAAGAUUAACACUAAAACCCUGAGGCAAUAGCCAAUGUGUUAGUGAGUUUUGAACUCGUUUUAUUUGACACUACAGCUGGAUAAAACUAAGCAUCUCACAUGCUAUUAUUCAUCCUGUCCCCAGCAAAUCUAAUUUUAACAAUCUGUUUAAUAGGAUGCACAUUAAUAACCUGUAUUUUUUGUGGAAUUAACCACUAAUUGCUGUGGACAUAGGUUUCUUUUGCCUACAAGGAUGAUGGGUUUAUACACCUGACAUUGUGGGUUUAUUUUCCAUGACCUGUCAGUCUCUGGCGUAACUUGUUUUACGUGACACUUUGCAUGAUAAUAGGGUAACUGAUUAAAACUAUGUUUCAAGUAAAAUUAAAGCAUUCCAUUAUAUUAAAACAUUAAGCCCUAUUCCCUUUAUAUUAUAGUGGUUUUGAAUACACAGCUGAUAGGGAGAAAAUCUAAUAUCCUUGAAAAUUAGAAAAAAAGUUUAAAAGAGAAACUUUCACAAAAAUGCAGAUAGUCUGCCUUAGGAGAGAAAGUGAAGUGCCUGCGUUUUAUUUUUAUAACUUGUUCACUGCUUGUUACCCUGAAAAUGUUAAAUGCCUAAAAUUCAGGAACAAAAACAUUUAGCCAGGGUAAAUAGGAUAUAUCAAAUAGUACUGUAGAUCUUAGUUAUGUCUCAAAUAAUGCUUUGCCAGACAUCUACCAUACAAUUGGUCAACCCCAAAGCCAACAGUGUAUCUGCCAUUUGCAUAUAUUAAACUUCAGAAAACCAAAAAUAGAAUAGAUUUGUGACCUUAAUUUCUUGGAAUUAAACCAACCUCUGUGCUGUGCCUGAAAAGUUCACAAAACUACUGUCCCUUUUCCAGCUGUUCUGGUGUCAGGUAAAACAUGUCAAGUUAUGGAUGCUUGCUUUGUGAAGAACAGUAAUAUAAUUUGUGGAGUUCUGUAGCUUAGUGGUUAGAGCACUCGUCUCGCAA